GAAACAGCGCAGCAAAGAAGAAGAGGUCGGAAGUAGAGAAGUUGCUGCGUGAUUGUGACUGUCAUGUGGAGGGUUCGUUUGUAACAUGACUCAGAGCGUCACAGGCGGAAGGUCACGGAGCAGUAGGUCUGAACGGAAGCAGGAGUAAAGAGUCUAUCCGCCAUUGUGGAAAUAAGAACCAAAGGACAAGGAAAUAAAGUUCAAAACGGAUCCAUGCAUCAAAAAGAUGGUGUGAACGAUGAUGACUUUGAGCCUUACAUAAGCGGCCAGACAAAUCAGAGUAACAGCUAUCCACCAAUGUCUGAUCCUUACAUGCCCAGCUAUUAUGCGCCAUCCAUCGGUUUUCCUUAUUCUCUGGGAGAAGCUGCUUGGUCCACAGCUGGAGAUCCACCAAUGCCCUACCUUACUACUUAUGGACAGAUGAGCAACGGGGAACCACACUUUAUCCCUGAUGGCAUUUUUAGCCAGCCCGGAGCCCUAGGAAACACCCCUCCAUUUCUCGGGCAGCAUGGCUUCAAUUUUUUUCCUGGUAGUGCAGACUUUUCCACCUGGGGUACCAGUGUCUCUCAGGGUCAGUCAACUCAGAGCUCUGUCUACAGUAACAGCUAUGGCUACGCACCCAGCUCAUUGGGUCGGGCAAUCACUGAUGGACAGACGGGCUUUGGAAGUGACUCUCAGCUCAGUAAGGUCCCGAUGCUGAACAGCAUUGAGCAAGGUAUGACAGGGCUAAAGCUGGGUACGGACAUGGUGGCAGCUGUCACCAAAACCGUUGGCUCACCUUUAGGGGGCUCUGUGGGCAUGAACAGCACGGCGGCCAAUAAUCUUCCCCCCUCUGUCAAUUCAUCUGCACCUAAACCCGCCACCUGGGCAGCAAUUGCUAAGAAGCCGGCCAAACCCCAGCCCAAGGUGAAACCCAAAGCCAACAUGGGGAUUGGGGGAGGCACCGCCAUUCCCCCACCUCCGAUUAAGCACAAUAUGAACAUUGGUACCUGGGAUGAUAAGGGCUCUUUAAACAAACCCCCAUUAGCUCAGACAAUGAUGCCCCCACAAACUCUGGUGCAGCCUGGACUUUUAGCUCAGCCCUUAUUGCAGAACCCCUUGCCCCAUCAAACUCCACACCAACCCCAACAUCAACACCAGCCCUUCCACCUCCAAACUAUCCAGUCACCCCAACACCCUCUGUCUCAUGGCCCUCCCCACCUACACCUCCCUUCCCAACCCGGUCUCCCCCAGCACCUUCAUCAACAGCCACCUCAGCAGCUUGGCCCACCCCCCAACCGUUGGGUUGCCCCCAGGAACCGCGGUGAGGGCUUUGGUUUGGGGGGUGGAGUUCCACUGAGUGCCUCCCCUUGCUCCGGAGAAGUGCACCCUGUGCUGGAGAAACUCCGAUCCAUCAACAACUACAACCCCAAAGACUUUGACUGGAACUUGAAAAAUGGACGUGUUUUCAUUAUCAAGAGCUACUCAGAAGAUGACAUCCACCGUUCAAUCAAGUACUCUAUCUGGUGUAGUACAGAACACGGGAACAAGCGCCUGGAUAGUGCCUACCGUUCGCUGUGCAACAAGGGGCCCUUGUACUUGUUGUUCAGUGUCAAUGGCAGCGGGCAUUUCUGCGGCGUGGCCGAGAUGCGCUCGCCAGUGGACUACAACGCCUACGCAGGAGUCUGGUCUCAGGACAAGUGGAAGGGCAAGUUUGAGGUGAAGUGGAUUUUCAUCAAGGAUGUGCCCAACAACCAGCUGCGUCAUAUCCGGCUGGAGAACAAUGACAACAAGCCAGUGACCAACUCUAGGGACACUCAGGAAGUGCCUCUGGAGAAGGCCAAACAAGUGCUUAAAGUUAUUGCCUCCUAUAAGCAUACCACCUCAAUCUUUGACGACUUUGCACAUUACGAGAAACGUCAGGAAGAGGAGGAGGCUUUGAGGAAGGAGCGCAGCAGGAAUAAACAGUAACCUUCUAGCAAGUCCUCUGCUAGGCAACACUAACGAUGAAGGACCUUAAAUGAAAUUAGCCUAACCCCACGGUGGAGGGCCUGUCGCGGUCUGUCCUCCCAAGACGACAAUGUAUCUGAAAAGCUUGAAUGCGACAUUAGUUGGACUCAUCCUGUAUCUGUUGAUUGGUGCAUCAGACCCCAUGUUCACGAGGAAAAAGAGUGAGAUCUGUCUUUUAAGCACUUUCAGUCCUUCUAAACAGCCUCUGCCAAUACCCUUAACUAUCUAACGCUCUUCUUUGAUUAUUUUUUGUUUGAGCUUCUAACCUAUUAACUAGAGAAGUCAUUGAUUUCAUUGAUUUUAUGUUUUUCCUCAUUUGUAUUAUAACCUCCAAUGUUUGGGAUAUGGUGAGCUUGAUCUGGCCCUGAAGAGGUUUAAUAAUGUGGAAAAUUACUCAAUCUGGAAGAAUCUCUGUCUGGUCCUUCCAGAUUAAGAAUAGGGAAAAUAGACGGGUUUGGGAGGAAACGAUUAGAAAAGAGCCACAAUCAUAUGGUCUGUCCUACCUUUGCCCCUUUCUUUCUGUAUCUUUUUUUCUGUGUAUGAAAAGCUUAUGAUUAUGCAGCUGGCCGAUGAACCGCCAGCUUACGCACCUUUUUUUUUUUUUUUUUUUCUUCAUGUAAUUCUGUCAUUCUAAAGUGCUUUUGUCUGAGGAGAAAACCUGCUGCUUUGCCAGAGUUGGCGUUGAACCUUUGGGAGAUACCUCCACCGUCAGCUAAUCGGCAAAGGCAACAUGGGUAAUGGAACCAUCAACUGCAAAGAUGUGAUGGUUUUCUCCUAUUGGUAACUCACUAGCUAAAUAAAAAAUGACUUAUGUUUAGCGCUA